UUGGUGGUUGUUCCUGCAGGGCCUUGCUAAAAGCUCCCCUGCUCCUGGAGACUUGGGGACCUUGAUUCUUGUUAGAGACAUAAUGAGCUCUACUCCGUCUGUGCCUUAGGCAUUCAUAUCGCAGCUGAGCUGAAGUUGAGCUCCACACAUCGCCGGACAAAAUGUUAGCACCCCAGCCAGAACCCAAGCCUGGAGACCUGAUCGAGAUUUUCCGCCCUAUAUACAAACACUGGGCCAUCUAUGUUGGUGAUGGAUAUGUGAUCCACCUGGCUCCCCCAAGUGAGUUUGCAGGAGCUGGGGCAGCCAGCAUCAUGUCUGCGUUGACUGACAAAGCCAUCGUGAAGAAAGAACUGCUGUGCGUCGUGGCCGGGAGGGACAAGUACCAAAUCAAUAACAAACACGAUGACAAGUACACCCCGCUGCCUGUGAACAAGAUCAUCCAGCAGGCUGAGAGUCUGGUAGGGCAGGAGGUCCUCUACAGGCUGACCAGUGAGAACUGUGAACACUUUGUGAACAAUCUUCGUUACGGAGUUGCUCGCAGUGACCAGGUCAGAGAUGCCCUCAAGACCAUAGGCAUCACUGGAGCGGUGGGUUUCGCGGCCUUGGGCAUCGUUGGAGCCAUGCUUUCCAAAACCAAGAACCAGAAGCAAUGAGUUGGAUGACCAUCCAGCCUCAGGCUCUCUUGUUUUGCUAGAGUUUGGGAUUUGAUUUGUAGAUUCUACUGUUUCAUAAUUAGGCUCAGUUUUACAGUAUACAAU